UCAGUCGCCGCUAGAGGGCAGCGAAGGCGCUGUGUUUCCCUCAGUCGCCGCUAGAGGGCAGUGAGUUGCGGCGCUCGAUGGUGCUGCUGAAGUUUUCAAGAUGUCGUCGCUGGAGCAGAGACUCUCCCGAAUCGAGGAGAAACUCAAGCAGGAAAAUAAAGAAGCGCGCAAACGAAUCGACCUGAACAUCGACAUGAGCCCGCAGCGGUCGCGUCCCAGGCCAAUCAUCGUGAUCCAGCUCAGUCCAGCUCCAGCCCCCUCCCAGCGCGCAGCUCUACAGUUACCAUUGGCCAACGAUGGAGGAAGUCGCUCGUCUUCCUCAGAAAGCUCUCCUCAACACCCCUCGUACCCUAGCAGACCCCGACAAAUGCUUACGCUUCCCACCCCACCCUACAACCUACAGAAGAGCCUGGAGAAUGCUGAAAUUGAUCAGAAGCUGCAGGAAAUCAUGAAACAAACAGGAUAUCUGAAGAUUGACGGACAGCGUUACCCUGCAGAGGUGACGGAUCUGAUCAGUGAGGGGGAGAUCGGCAGUGGAACCUGUGGACAGGUGUUUAAAGUUCGCUUUAAGAAGACUGGCCAUGUCAUCGCAGUCAAGCAAAUGAGGAGGACGGGUAAUAAAGAUGAGAAUAAGAGAAUCCUCAUGGAUCUGGAUGUUGUGUUGAAGAGUCAUGACUGUCCGUACAUCAUUCAGUGCUAUGGAGCAAUAGUCACCAAUACGGAUGUGUUCAUCGCCAUGGAACUAAUGGGGACGUGUGCAGAGAAGCUGAAGAAGCGGAUCCAGGGGCCCAUACCAGAGGCCAUUCUGGGAAAGAUGACCGUGGCCAUCGUAAAGGCUCUGCUUUAUCUAAAAGAGAAACAUGGUGUCAUUCACCGAGACGUGAAGCCAUCUAAUAUCCUGUUGGAUGCCAAAGGGCAGAUCAAACUGUGUGAUUUUGGCAUCAGCGGCCGACUGGUAGAUUCUAAGGCCAAGACUCGCAGCGCUGGCUGUGCUGCGUACAUGGCGCCUGAGAGAAUAGACCCUCCAGACCCCAGUAAGCCUGACUAUGACAUCAGAGCUGACGUCUGGAGUCUUGGCAUUUCUCUGGUGGAGCUAGCCACGGGACAGUUUCCUUACAAGAACUGCAAGACAGACUUUGAGGUCCUCACCAAAGUUCUGCAAGAGGACCCGCCGGUCCUUCCUCUCAGCAUGGGCUUUUCCCCUGACUUUCAGUCCUUCGUCAAAGACUGCCUCACAAAGGAUCACAGAAAAAGGCCAAAAUACCACAAGCUGCUUGAACACAGUUUUAUCCGUCGUUACGAGGUGUCAGAAGUAGACGUGGCAGGCUGGUUCCAGACGGUGAUGGAGCGCACAGAGUCUCCUCGCAGCAGCCAGUGCUUCAGCCAUCACCAGCUCCACUCUCUCUUCAGCAGGUAGCCAGGAGGAGAACAAGAGAAACGGAGGGAUGGCGGGAGAGAAAGAAUGAUGCGAUUGUGAGAGGUUGAUUUAGAGACACAGAUGGACAGGCUUGAAAUAUAAAUUAUGUAAACGAGAAAGACAGGAUGGAGUGGAAAUGGACCGUUUAAGCAAUGGCUGAAACAAAAGAGAAUGUUCAUUUGGGAGUUUGACUGAUCGACAGACAAUCCUGGGCAGGUUUGAUGUAAAUCUUCAAUAUUUUUAUCCUUCUCAUCCACCCAUCAAACAGGAUGGACCAUUACAGGUUGCAGUCUAACACAGUCACUGUGACACACGCGCACACACGCACAUUUACAGUAACACACUGUUUCACCAAACCACGAUCACUGACCGCCAUAUUAAACAUACAGUCCGUUCACUUCAAAAUCCAAAUCCACACGUCACAAAGUCCUCCGUAGCCCCUUACUCAGGGACUGAACAGAGUAGUCGAACAACACUGUGCAAUGUGUGUGUGUGUGUGUGUGUGUGUGUGUGUGUGUGUGUUAUCCGUUUAUCAGUCCUAGCUCUUCUCUUUCUUGUACCGUUUAAGCCAUUAGGUGAAUCUAAGCGAAUAGAAAUUAGCGAGAUAAUAGCAGUGUGAUAUAUCAAAAACUAUGUUUUAUAGAAGUGUUCUUUUGCUAGCAAGCAUCAGCAGAUAUUUCAGUAAUUGUAACGUGUACUUAAAGAGUUAGUGAUUCUUAGUCGUAGAGCUUCUAAUCCUUGGUGUUUAGAUCGUUAUAACUAGUUUGGUCUGGAAUUUCAUGUAUUGAAGUAGCUAUAUUGGCUAAGAGAGAAGGUUGUAUAUUAAGAUAAAACUAGUGGUUGACCGAUAAGAUGAAGUGUGUAUCCCAAUUUAAUAUGCAGAGACAACUACAAAUGACCAGUUUUUCUUUGUAUGAGAAGCCUGACUCAGCGAUAUUGGUUAAACCAAUGGUGUCAAUUUGGGGUGGGACUGUCUGCUUUGACCAAUGGCGGAUGGGGGAAAUGUUCAGGAAAACAUGUGUGAAAAAUGUUAUCAUAACGUUUUAAAUGUCAUUGGUAUUUACGCUAGUCAUUCAGAAAUUACACACUUCACUUUCAUUGACUGAUGACGAUAUCUUGAAACAAUUGUUCAUCGGCCAAGAACGAUAAUCUCAUGUAUCGGUCUAUCACUAGAUAAAACACAAAAAAAUUAGCUCAGAAUGUGUAAAGUUGUACACAAUCUCAGGAAGACAAGUGUUAGAAAUGGGUAUUUUAACCAGAUUUAGCUGUGUGUUUCAGUCUUAGAGUGCGAGGAAGAAACCGCAAUCAAGUCACCAAAAGUGUAGACGAGAGAUGUUGUCGUAAUCACUCAGAGUGGUGUUGAGAGACGAGCGGGGGAGUUGGAGUUUGUGCUGUGAGAGCGGUUCUUUCAAGCCUGUCCUCCACAAGAAUAAAAAAACGGCUCGUUUUGUGAGUGGAACGUUUCUGCUCUGAUUCACCCGACUCAUCUACCCAGACAACCGUUCAUUUCAUUCUCUUCACCGUUCUCGUUUUCCCAUGAGCAUUUGAGUUCCCGCAAACCAAAGCUUGUUUCUUUUCUUUUUUUUUGACACAGCACUGCUUUUUUUUCUGCCAAGCUGUUGUUCUCAGAGGAUUUCAGCACCUGCUCGUGGGUCAUGCUGAAGAUGUUCAGCGACUUUCACAACCAAAGCUGUAGAGUUCGAGAUUCACUGCUUUAAAAAGCCAAAUCACUGCUAGACUGAGUGAGAAAGUGUGCGAGAACAAAGAAAAUAUAACUAAACGAAUCAGCACAGAGAAAUUUAGAUGGUAAUGGUACGUUGAGACAGGAAGUAUGGAGUUAUAUAAGGGAUUGAAGAAAGAGGACGUAGCAGAGGAAAUAAGGAGUGGAAAAUAGGAGGAAGGCGUAUAGGAAGUAUUAAAGAAAGUCUCCAGUGAAGUCUUAUAGAAAGUAUCGGCUGAUUUUUUGAGGUUUGCUGAGAUUUCAGGGCUGACGGUAACAGGUGUUGGUUGUUUUCUAGAUCGCUAGCUGGACGUUGCAUAAAAGCUUUCAAUCGUUUUGAACCAAUGUACCAAUUUUUAUUUUUAGGGGUUGAUUAGGUUGUGUUGUUUUUCAUUAUCCUUGAAACUUUGUUUGCUAUUAUUAUUAUUACUAUUAUUAUAUUUAUUUAUUAUCUUACUUGCUGCUACUGUUUACUUUAGAUGCUGCUGUCAAUGAUUAUAUUCCCCAAAGGAAAAUCUUUGUUUUUUUUUUCUGAACCAAAUGCAUAAAACACUGCAAUGUCUACACAUUUACCAAAUACGAAAAUAAUUACCUGAUGUGUUCCUUUAAGAGGAAAAGAGAAAGCAAGCAAGGAAGUGAAGGAAAUAUAUAGACCUAUAUCUAUAUUUAUAUCGAAAUAGUUUUUUGAAACUACACCACUCACACAAACAUCGCCGCUCACUGUAGGCAACUAAUAAGAAUGACUUCCAGUUAUUUGUACAAAAUAACAGACACCAGCUGGUAAUAUCUAUAUAUAUUUGAGCUAGAUUUCGUUCGUUGCACCAUUAGCUGUGGGUCACGCAGGCAGAUACGUUUGUAAUUGUCCUCCUGUGUCCGUCCUGCGGUGGAUGAAUUCAUGAGUUUUGAAUACAUUCUCCUCUUUAAAUAUUAAACACAUUUUUAGUCGAGGAGUUCUGUAGAUUUUACAGCAAAUUUCCAUUGAAUCAGAUUGACAAAUCAGUCAAAAGAUGUCAAAUGCUUUGUUUUUCCUAACACUAUAUACUAUAGCAAUGAUCUGUAACCGUUUACCUCCCAGUGGUUUCUUCACUCCUUUCAGAUGCCAAAUAGAAUCUCUUAACAGGACUCUUGCCAUCAACUUAACACUGAUUUCCUGUUUGGCGUUGAUAUUCAUCACAGAUAUUGUGGUGCCUGCCUGUCUGUCUGUCCGUCAUUCUCUCAGUAGACCUUAUAGAUGCGACCACAGCAUUACACACCAAAGGUGUCAUCAAUAAAACUAAUUCAAACCAGUGGCGUUGUCGUCAUUAGGAUGAUUAUUGUUAUACUAGAUGAUGCUGGAUUGUUAUUCUGAGGACCUCGGAUGAGGGAUAUACAGCUUCAUGGAUGUAAUUUCCUGUGAGACAGUGGUGGGUCAUCCUUCACUGUUGGGGUUUUAUUUUGGUGACACACACACACACACACACGCACGCCUCUUUGGAAAUAUGAUCUGAAAUGCUAAUCUAUAUGGUUUAUGCUUGGUUUAAAGUGUACUUCCAUUCACUGUUUUCUGGCACUAUUUUAAUUUGUAAUUAUUAUUUUUUUAUUUGCUUUCUGAAAUCAAAGCAUCAGUUCUUUAUAUGUGUGUGUGUUUUGAUUAUCUGAAAUGAUCAAUUUCUGUGAAUAGGACAGAGAUAUUGAACCCAUGUCUGCCGACGGUAGUUGUACACGUCCCGAACACCAAAUGUUGUUAACUAAACCAGUGUAUGCUGCUGUUUCAUUAGUUCUUGUUUAUCUGUGUAUGAUUGUGUGUGUGUGUGUGUGUGUGUUGCAGCAUCACUGUUAUUUUUGGAGUGUGUGCUCAGGCGUGUACUUUGCCAUCAUGAUGUUUGAGUCUUUAUUACUUUUUAGAAUUGUUAUUGUUAUUAUUUUGUUAAAUUAUCUUUGAUGCCCCAUCUGUAAUUAAACCAAAUACUCACUAUGCAGUCACUCAAAUCAAGUCCGUUUGCGUUUUUCCCCCGAACUUCCUUUAUAUACACACACACACACACACAUAACUACUGGAGUCUCCAUGAAGAGCGAGUGAAUAUCACAUCCUCAGCUAGAGCGGAGAGAGAAUUUACGAUCAAUAGAGAGAGUGUUUUCUUUUGCUUUUCUUCAAUGAGCUGACAUAUUUAAGGAUUGUACUGGGACGGGACGGGGUGGGUGGGAUGUGUUUGGG